AUGGAUACAGCCAAGGAAAUUGCUGCCAAAUUUAAGGAAGCUAUUGUCCAAGGAAGGACCGAUGUUGUUUGUGCUUUGAUUUCCGAAUUACAAAAAGGAGAUAAUGCAGUUUUACAACAAGUUUUAAAUGAACAGCUCACAGAACAUGGAACUUUACUCCAUUAUACGACAAAGUCGGAAAAAGCUGAUAUUAUCAGAGCUCUGUUAUCUGUGUUGUUAAACUAUGUUAUUGUCAUUUUAUUGGGAAAGUUGGGAAAGGCUGAUAUUAUCAGAGCUCUGUUAUCUGGUGGAGCUGAUCCAGGUAUUCAGAAUAAGGAAAGGAAACUACCACUAGAAUUAGGAACUAAAGAUAUUGUUUCUGUUUACAAUGAAGAACUAUUGCAGGCAACAGCUCAAUCUAAUUUAGGAAGAGUUUGUCAGUUGGUAGCUGCUGGUGUUGAUGUUAACCUAGUAGACAGUAAUGAAAGUAAAAAUACUCCACUACAUUGGGCUGUCAGUUAUGCCAAUAGAGAUAUGGUGCAGUGUCUUUGUUCUAGAGGAGCCAAUGUAAAUGUUUAUAAUAAUGAAGGCUAUAAACAACUAUAUUAUUUAUAUUACAGCCAGAGGAGCCAAUAUGAAUGCGGAGAGAAGAAAGAUUGUGAAAAAGAAGCCGAAAAACACAACUGUCAAUGUACUGAAGGCAUGCACUGUAUUGAUAAACAGUGUUAUUGUGGAUUCCCUACCAAUUCAAAUACAACUAUGGCUUAA